UGCUAGUAAGACCGUGAUAAGAAAUUAAAUGAAGGUCAGUAAUGUCAAAAACGGGUUCGCUGCUCGUGCAACGAAUUUAAUUGCUUACUCACCCAAAUGUCGCGAAAUACGAGUAUCUGAUAAACAAAAAUGGAUAGAAUCUUGCGAGGUAUUAUGAGAUAUCGUGUUUUGGAUAGAGCUAGUAUGGUUAAACAAUUCGAACAAGUUAAAGACAAUCCAGUGCCAAAAGCAAUAUUUUAUACAUGUAUGGACAGCAGAAUGAUACCCACGAGAUUCACAGAGACGUCUGUUGGUGACAUGUUUGUUGUCAGAAAUGCGGGAAACCUUAUUCCACAUUCUGAAGCCUUUAUUGACGAGAUGACAAGUUGUGAACCAGCUGGGCUUGAACUCAGCUGCAUUAUAAAUAAUGUAAGACAUGUUAUUGUCUGUGGACACAGUGACUGCAAAGCUAUGAAUCUCUUGUAUGAUUUAAGGAGCAAAAAAGAAUCUAGUGUCGAACAACGAAGGAUUUCGCCUUUGAAAUCUUGGCUGUGUACGCACGCACAGUCGAGUUUGACAAAAUUUUUAGAAAUGAAGGGGGAUUUUAGUAAGCCCAUGCUAUUCUCGGCCGAGACACCGCAAAGAAAAUUUGUAGCCUAUAUAGAUCCGGAAAAUAAAUUUUGUAUUGAAGAUAAACUUUCACAAGUAAACACACUGCAACAGGUACAAAAUGUGGCGUCAUACGGUAUGUUAAAAAAACGAUUAGAGAAACACGAUCUGCAUAUCCACGCGCUGUGGUUUGAUAUAUACACCGGUGAUAUUUAUUACUUUAGUCGUCGAGCGAAAAGUUUUGUUAUAAUAGAUGAAUCCACAUACGAAUCUAUUUUAGCUGAAGUUCGAAGAUAUUAUUCAUAGAUUCCGUAGAUUCGAAUGUUUCCUACUUAUAAAUUAGGUUGUACUUAACCACAUUAGUUUAAGAAACUAUGUAUCUGUCGCAGCUAACGAGCUUAUUUAGACGUUCAAUUAACAGCCUAGCCUUUUAACUAAACGGCGCCAUUUAACUAGCAGCAUGAAAGAUAUUUAGUAGAGUUUGUUACAAGAUUUAACAAACUGGCCAUUCAUACGAUAGAGUAAUUAUUUGGCAGAUAUAAUAAAAUGAAUGAAGAUGAAACAUAUGACUCAAAAAUAUUUCUUAAAAAAAUAAAUUGCUUGAGUCAGUCACAGCUAAAUUCACAUUAAAGUUUCUUAAGUGUCUGUUACAAACUAUUUUACCUAAAAUGUAUCACAAUAAAGUUAAACAAAUAUUACUCAUUUAAAUAUUAACCAAUUCGACUUAGGGUCCUUCAAGAAAAGAGCGUACCAAUUCUUAAA